CACAUAUUGGGGACAGUUUCGAGCCUGUUGCUGGGGCAAGUAAACAAUCUCACAGCAUACCGAAGCUCGCUAUUUUCGACUUCCGUGGAUAUGUCGAAAGAGCCUACACCCAUCAACGUUGCCACAAUGGCAAACCGCCGUGCGUACUCAGACGAAGACUCUCAGGAUAGGUACAGCGAUGACUUUGUCAGCGAUGAAGACAGGUACUCACCGACCCCUCCCAAAAGUGCUGGCCACAAACACAGCCCGGGAACCCCUCGGAGGAGCUCUCAUCACAACUAUUAUCAAGACAAAUGUGGAGGAGAUGAAGAUCCGACUGAAGGACCUGGACCAGGAGAAUAGGCUGUACAAGAAGAUGCAGUUCCGACAGGAGAAGGCUCUCAAGACAUUUGAGGAGAAGGAGAACGACCUACCCAGCAUCCUGGACAAGCACAACAACGAAGUCAGAUCUUUGAAAGAACAGAACAGACGGCUUCGGGAGAAGUAUGAGAAAUCAGAUCGCUACCUUCGAGACGCCGAGGAUGAGUUGGAAAAAGUGAAGAAGAGAAUGAAGAAGUACAAAGAAAUAGUGGAGGAGAAAGACUUAAAAGAGAGAGACGAGCUGAGCCGUAAGCUGACCCGAGCGGAGAUCGACAUGGAGGAGAAGGAUGUCAAAAUUAAGGAACUUCAACGGCACCUCGAAGUGCUCAAGAAAAAUCAUCGUCAUGAGCUGGGCAUUGAGGCUGCCAGGUUGAAGGAAAUGAAGAGGCAAGUGGAUGACAUGGAGGAACAGAACGGAAAGCUGUCCACACAACUCAAGGAGAAGGAAAAAGCUUUGGAGCAAACGAACAUCUACAGCAACCGGCCGACGAUGGACGACUCCCAAGCGGGUUCUCCCAUCCGAAGAACUAAGAAAAAAGCUUCCUCGAUGACAGACCUCACUCCGCGGGACAAGGCAAAGUUUUACGCUGAGAAACGAAGGGAAGAGCUCAGGAAACAGAAAGAGUUGAAGGCGGAGCAAGAUAGAAAGAAAAGGGAGAAAUGGGAGAAAGAGGAACGUGAAAGAGAGAAAAAUGCUGCCCCUCCAACCCCUCCUACUCCCACAACCCCUCCAGAAUUCUCCUUCAACAGUUUGGACAAAGGGCUUGAGGAGAAGGAAAGGGAAGACCGACGCCGGAGGGAAGAAGAGGAUAGAAAGUGGAGGGAGAGACAGGAAGAGGAGUCUCGUUUGAAGGAGGACCUGAAUAGGAAGAGAAGGGAUCUUGAACGGAGGCAGGAAGAAAACAGAAAGAGAGAAAUGGAGGAUCGAGUCAGGAGAGAUAAAGAAGAAAACGAAAGGGCGGAGAGGGAAAGAAAAAACAAGGAGGAAAAAGAAAAGAAAGAAAGAGAGGAGAGGGAACGUAGAGAAGAGCAGGAGAGAAAAGAGCAAUUGGAAAGAGAAAGAAGAGAGAAGGAAAAGUUAGAACAGGAGAGAAGGAUUGAGCAAGAAAGAAAGAAGUUGGAAAACGACCCAUCGAUACAAGAAGAACGCAGAAAGAAGGAUGAACUUUUGCGAAAACUGCAAGCCAUGGAUGAGCUGGGGAGUGCGGGGACAAAGCCAGAGCCACAAAACACGUCUCCCGUGAACCGCAGAAGCAAGGAGAACUCGAGGGGUGGGAGUAUUGGCGACGGCUAUGACAGCCCCAGCAGGCGCAGUGACCGCAAGGAGUACUCGUUCACCAAACCCAUCAACAACUUGCAUCAGGGAAAGCCGGCGCAUGAAGACGUGUCUGUGGGCUACAUCGACCGACAGAGGAACAGGCGGCAGGCAUCAAAGGAUGACGAUGAAGUAGGGGGCUACCAACCGUCGUUUGGACCAGCGAGAAGUGUUGCUUCGAAACCCACCGGUACCUCGAAGCCAAUGUCCAUUUUCGAUGACGAUGAGCCAAUGUUCAAACUGGAGAACAACAAUCUUGUCAACAAAACUACUGGCCCCGCAGCAAGGCCAGAGAAGAAAUCGACCAAUCUGUUGGAAAAUUUGUUUGGACCCCAGGCGACCAACAGCAAUAAGGAAAAUUCCAGUAAAAAGCUGGAAGAAAACGAAACGUUUUUCGUCACCAACCGCUCCCCGCCACCGCAAAACAACAAACGUGGUAAUGCCACCAUCUCGUCGUUCCCGUGGGACUCCUCGCCGAGCAAUACCAAGGUCAACGGCACCCACAAGACAUUUGCACCAGAGCGAAAUGGUUCUCAAACACUUUUCGGUGGAGGGGCAGCUCUCAUUGAAGACGACUUCUCUCCUGCGGGGAACAGGAUGAUGCCUAGACGGAGACAGCAGCAGAACAUCAACACGUUCUCCACCAAGCCCUCUGUGACAGCGGUGGAUAAUUUUGACGACGAGAUCGAGGAAGUGGUUUUAUGAGAACUUUCGCCGUCUUAGACUUGGAAGUUGUUGACAAAUAAAUGCACACUUGUGAUAGCUGUACAUAUCAAAAUACGACCAAAGGCAGACCCGUUGGUAUGUGACUCUGACAGGCGAGAAAACAUGAUAUUUUGUUGGGUGGUUGUUUAUUAUUUUGCAUACAGAUAUGGAUGUAUGAGUGGGUGUAUGUGCCCUUGUCACAUUUUUAUUUAUUCUAUUGGCUGUAUAAAAACCCUUGGUCCUUUUCUUCUUUGUUUAUUGUGAGGAUCAAGCCAGAAACAGGUAUUCAGUAAGAGGUUAGCUUCUACUGUUGUCAGUCGUUGAAGAGAGAGCUUGUGUAUACAAGCCAUGGAGAUUACCUUCUGCUCUUAUUUGCCAGUCUCAGAAAAGAAAGCCAUGGAGGCUAGUUUCUCCUGGUUUUUGUUAGUCUUAGAAGAGAGAGCCUGUGCAUACAAUCCAUGGAGGUUAGUUCUUGCUGUUAUUUGUCAGUCAUAGAAGAAAGAGCCUGUAUACAAGUCCUGCAGGUUAGUUCCUGCUGUUAUUUGUCAGUCUUAGAAGAGGUACACAAGCCAUGGAUAGAUUCCCUUCACAAGGUUGAUACCUCGUGAUGUGCAGGGUUUAUUUAGGGAAGUGAUGCGUCUAUGGUUUGUCAAGUAUUUCUUGUUUUCUUUUCUUGUCUUUUGGUGCCUAGUAAUACAUAGAGGGAAGCCACAGUACCUCUCUCUCUAUGUCUCUGCUGGCUGCUGUCUGUUCAGCCCUUUUACAGCUGUCAAUCUUCCACACAUUUAUUUCAUUAUGUUCCCAAGCAGUUAAUGAGGUCUUGUAUAUUUGAGGGCAUGACUUUUUUUUUUUUGGCUAAUAAAGGUUCAUAAACAACUUUUUAAAAAAAUAUUAAUGCAGCAGAAAAUGACACGAAAGGCAGUAGGUUAUAUGUCAGAAAUUUAAUUAGGCACACUUUCGUAAAAAUAAACCAAAAUGUUAUUUCGAUUAUCACAUUUGAUUUUCGGAAGUGUCAGUUUGUGAGUUUCUGCUUCUUGUAGUUCUAUUCUUUCUGUCUUUGUAGGACUUUUGCUAUCUCUUGUGAUUUCUGACAAGGUCUCUUGUUGUAGAAUACUUCACCAAACAUCGAGAAAUAUUUUCUCUCUGAGAAAGUCUGAGACGUUCCCGCAAGUGGAUAUUUUAGAGGAUGCAACAAUGUACGCAAACUUUUACUGUUAUCUUACUACUGUACCACAUGUUGUAUGUUGGCAUGAUGAAGGCGGAUAUUUUUACUUGAGUCUCUUAUGAUUAUGAACAAACAGUUAGUCCUUAAUAAAUACAGGGAACUUGAAGGCUGAGAGCAAAACAUGUGAAUGCAGUCCUCUAUUGUAUUGUAUUGAGUUGUGUUGUUUUGUUUUAUAUUGUAUUGUUUUUCAGACUGAAGCAUAAGCUCUGUGCCGUGACAGUAACAAUAAAGCGAGUUUGGCGUUGUAAUUUUAAAAACCUCGUUGUAUCAGCCAGUUUGUUAUUGAUCUGAUUUUUUAAGAGAAGAAGCUUAGAAGAUCUAGCCAAAAUAUUUGAAAAAUAGCAGUGGUGCAAAAAAUUGAGUGUGCAGGGCAAUUUUAAGGUCAGUAUAGUUGUUGAAUUUUUGUUCGUUUCACGAGAUAGACAUGCAGAUGUUGUGAACUGUUUGUCGUUUCUUUUCUGUUUCUCAGCAUAAGCCGUUUUCUGAGCAAACGUUUCCUGGUCAGGAUGGCACUGAGGAAAAGAAAAUAUCUCUCUCGUGAAACUAAACUACAUCGAUGUUAUGAGGGAAGUUGAAAAGGGGGCUCAGAAAUAAAGUCAGGAACUGUUAUGAACUGAGCAUUGCAGACUGAUACAACCUGGAUAGAAGUUUCUUGAGAAAUAGACAUCUUAAAUUUUCACGUUUGUCUGACCAUUUUCACUUAGACUACUUGCGAGUGGAUUCAUGGUAGCUGACCUUUGAACCCAACAAAUUCGUUGGAUGCAAGGUUCACUGUGUUUUCACUGUAUGUUUUUGUUACAUGAAGAGAGGCAUGUAUAAACAGUUGGAAAUUUUACUCAUCGUCAUUAUCACUGAAUAUGCUUCAAACACAGAGAAAUAUACAAUGUAGCUGUUUUUGAGUCAUUUCACUCAGCGUGUGGAGUCAAGAACACAGUAUAUUUAUUUCUCCAUUCCUCUAGGGAUGUGAGUACAUUAUUCACAUGUUAUAAUAAAAGGGCUCACAGCCAAUAAAGUUCAACUCAAUACUUAUGUCACAAAGUACCAUUCCAGAUUUAUUAAAAAAAACAAUUUUUAAAAUGAUUUCCUUGCAAUAUUGUAGUUUUUAAAAUCAUAACUUUAUUCGAUUUUAUAGGAAAAAUAAUCUUAUUUUUUAAAUUGUAUUUUUACUGUUUUUAAAUGUAGGCUAUAUGAAGAUGUAUGGACAAUUGUAGUCACUUCUUGGUGAAAAAUGUUAUAUGAGGAAAGAAUCAAGAGUCUUGAGCAAUUCAUAAGAUACAGUAAAUGAAAUAUAAACUGUGGAUGUUUUGUUUGCUGAACAUUUGUAUUGUGUGGUAUGAUUUGGAAUUAAAAUUGAUAUAUUUUUAUUCAAAAUUCAUCACGGAAAAGCACAGGAUUUCAUAAUUAAGUAGCGUAUAUAUAUAUAUAUAUAUAUAUAUAUAAAUAAAUAUAUAUGUUUUUGGUGCUAUACUAUAAUUGUUUUAAACGUUUCCAGCGCGCAGGGUUGUCCUUAACACUGAGCUUGGCCAGGUUAUAAGUUAUAGCUGUCCCUGUCACUUAACUUUGUGAAUUGUCUCCACCAAUAUUUGUCUUUUCACAGGUUUCGAUUGUUAUGUGGUAUAUUUGUGUUUUCACAAGUUUCGAAUGUUGUGUGAUAUUUAGUGUCAUAACGUACAGUGAUUGUCCAGCUUUUUCUUUUGUCUUAUGUGUGGCAGCUGCUUUCGAUAAAACCUGAAGGGAUAUUGAAGAAGUAUUUAUAUUUUUUCUUAUAUCUGGGUCCUGAUAAACAAAAAGGCUAAGUUAGUUAGAUUUAUGCUGUGUUUUACUGUAUUAUUAUGUCAAAGUUUAGACUCCUCUAAAACUAUCGGAUAGAGAUUUAAAGUAGUUUGAAAAGCCAGAGUUUAGAAUUUUCAAGAUCCGGACUUGAACCCAGGAAAGUGAUAUUCUGAAGCUGGUACUCUACUAUUUCACUAGACAGUCUCCCACCUUCUCAGCGUGUGUGGUACUGUAUUUAUAUUAAUAUUAUCACUCUUACCUCCAUGUUUGGGAACUGUGCGGACAAGACUCAGGGUUCUAGACCUUGACCUUGGCUGAUUGCUCUAUGCUGACCUCGAUUUGUGUUCUCACUGGGUGUAAAUACAACAAGGCUCGAACCCGCAUCCUUUGUUCUUGUCUCUUCUUAUUCUUGCAGUGUGCAUGUACUUUGCUGUGUACAAUGAAGUCCCUCUCAAACUGAACAUUGUUAACCCGAAAACGGCAGUAAACUGAAAGAAAAUAAAACUCCUUAUUUUACGAUACAUAUACAUUCAUUAUGUAUUUAAAAAUCUACAUGCAGCACAUACAUUGAUGGAAAAACAAGGAUGAAGGAUACAUGUUCUUGCGUACAGGGGAACCGUCUUGACCAGUAAACUGUUGCUGCACUUCUAUCGUUGAUAUACUGCGCUCUGAAAUAUUAUUUCAUUUAGAAGUAGAAGGCUGACCAUAAUUUAGUAAGUCUAUUGCAUGCCUGAUAACACCAGAAA